GCGGCGACGGGGGCGCGUCGGGGCUGGAGCCGGAGCGCGCCGGGCUCAGGGCGCAGCGAGCGGGAGCGCGGCGGCCGCGGGCUCCGCUGAGGGACGGACGCACGGAUUGCAGGAGGGACGGACACACGAGCACGCCGUGCCGCCUGCCCCGUCCCCACCCCCUGGCGCCCACGCCUUCCCCGCGCUGCCUCCUCUAUAUGGCAGAAACUUUCCUCCCGGGACGGAACACGCUGUCUCCGGGAGCCCGCGCCCGCGCCUUCUCCUCGGCUUAGUCCAGAACGCUGCUGAAAUGGGUUGCGGAUUGAACAAGUUAGAGAAACCUGAUGACAAACGGCCUGGAAAUAUCUAUUCGACGUUGAAGAGGCCGCAGGUGGAAACCAAGAUAGACGUGUCCUAUGAGUACCGCUUCCUGGAGUUCACCACCCUCAGCGCUGCCGAGCUCCCACGGGCCUCGGCCGUGAGGCUGGCCUCCCUUCGUGACCUGCCCGCCCAGCUGCUGGAGCCGUACCAGCAGGGCUUCUCGCUGGUGGCCCUGCACCCCUUCGUGCAGCCAACCCAUGAGCGGGAGAAGACGCCCCUCGAGCACAUCUUCAGGGCCAUCCUGAUCAAGAAAGCCGACAGAUCUCAGAACACUGAUCUUCACAAUGAAGGCUACAUCUUGGAAUUAGAUUGCUAUUCUUCCCUAGACCACCUGACAGACCAAAAAAUCAUCCCAGAGUUCAUUAAGAAGAUCCAGGAGGCUGCGAGUCAGGGCCUGAAAUUCGUCGGGGUCAUACCUCAGUACCACUGCCCUGGGCACUCGGCAGGUGGCAGCCCCCCAGCGGAUGCCCGGGAUGCGACAGAGGAGCCUGGCAGGUGUGUGGCUACGGAGAACCUGGGGGCUGCCGACGCGCCGGUGGGGAUGGACAGAAGCCCAGAGCCCGGCCAGGGCCCGAGAGAGGAGGUGCCCACCGCCCAGCAGCCCGGCUCGCCCUCGGGAGCCAGGGAUGGCACAGAAUCCCCUCCAUGCGGGGUGAGCGAGACUCUGGAUGGACCGGAUGGGGACCCACUGGAAGGGUAUGGAGAGCCACUCUUGGGAAAAAUGGAGAUUUUCGCCCUUUUCAACAAACCGAAGAGCCAUCAGAAGUGCCGGCAAUACUAUCCCGUCACCAUUCCCCUCCGGGUCUCCAGGAAUGGCCAGACGGUGAGCAGUUUGGAUGCCAACUGGCUGGAGCACAUGAGCGACCACUUCCGGAGGGGCGGCGUCCUGGUGAACUCGGUCUUCUCCCUCGGCUUGGUCAACGAUUCCUUACACGGCUUGACAGAUGGAGUAUUCAUCUUUGAAGCAGUUUCCACAGAAGAUAGCAAAACCAUGCAAGGCUACGAUGCUAUUGUAGUGGAACAAUGGACGGUUCUGGACGGUGUCGAGGUGCAGACAGACUACGUGCCCCUGCUGAACUCGCUGGCCGCCUACGGCUGGCAACUCACCUGUGUGCUGCCAACUCCUGUCGUCAAGACAACGAGGGAGGGGAACGUAUCCACCAAGCAGAUUGUCUUUCUUCAGAGACCGUGUCUACCUCAGAAAAUCAAGAAGAAGGAAUCAAAGUUUCAGUGGCGAUUCUCCCGAGACGAAAUGCACAACAGGCAGAUGAGGAAAUCCAGAGGUAAACUCGGUGCCAGAGGAAAGCAGCAAGCAGAGGAAAAUGAGAGGUAUCUAGAAGACCAGUUUCCCAAAGCCGGAGACGUGGAAAACCGUGUGCUGGGGCUGCAGCAGGAGGACUGGGCCUCUGCGGAGGUGAAGGUCCCCGCGCAGGCGGAGGUCCUGGGAGAAAAGCUGCGUCCUGACGGCCAGCUCUGGGUGGAGGCUGGGGCCGUGCAGAACGGUCCCUUCGGCCACAGCCCCGCCCCUGCAGGGGGCUGCAUUGGGCACCCCAGUCCUGAUCCUAGAGAGGAUGCUGGGGAGGGGGAUGCUGAGGAAGUGGCUGCAGAGCCCACGGCAGCAGAGGACAACUGAGGCUCGGCAGGUGGUGCUGAGGCGUGAAGAGCUGGCAGACCUGGGGCACAGUGCCAGCUGGGCUGGGGGCUGAUGUGCCCUGGUGUCACGUGUUACCCUUCGGCUUGGCUUGACCUCUCCUUGUGAGCUUACCUGAGCCCUCCGAGGAGGGCUGGCUCCCUGACAGUGUUGGUUUCUGCACAUCCAUUUGAAAUGUGUCGUAAGGCCCUGGUGUUAGAACACAAGAGGGCAGGUUACUUCCAGACAUGGGGGCUGGAGGCCCAGCCCCGGCCCCACACCACUCCUCCAGGGAGGGGCUGGACCAUCCAGUGCCUGUGCCCACCCCCACCCAGAGCCUCCAGGGGGCCUUCGGGCCAAAUCGCGGGCCUCCCUGUCUACAAGUCAAGGCUGAGUUGUUCAUCCCCACACCCCGAGAUGGCCGUGUCCAGCCCGUGCUGUCUGCUGCAGCUACUUGGUGAUUGUAACAACCCCUGGUGCCCAGUCGGGCUGCCUUUCUCCAUCUAACCCCCCCAGACCUUGCUGCUUUGGCAAAUAAAAUAACAUUGGGAGGGGAGGUGCCCCACCUCCUGGCUUUUCUCCAAGUGUUCCCAUAGAUACUGGUAAUCUGAAAAUGAAGAGGUAAUUCUGUGUGUGUACCCACUCUUGAAGAAUGUCCAAGAAAGUAUUCUGUGUUAGUGUUAAUGCCAAAAAUUUUUUUAAGAUUUUGUAUUCAGCACAUCACAUGAACACACGUUCUUUCUGUCAUUUCAAGGCAAACCGACUGGCGGCGAGCCCUUGUUACGUGCUAUUUUAAUCAUGUGUCAUUAGCCAAGUCACUUCCCAUGUAUGAUAUGAUGUGUUUAUAUCAUCCAGAAUGUGGCUUUAAGUAGAUGCAGCUGGCAAACCUUGGAGAGUGUCAACUGUCUUGACCAACAUCCUGUCUCUUCUUUUUCUUGUUUAGUUACUUAAAGCAAUAAAUCAUCUAUGAGUUUAGUGCA